AUGGUUUACUCCUUUUCGAAGCCAAAACUUGUGCUCCGCUCAACGGGUCGAAAAGUUGCUAUCAUGUCUAGCGUCUCGUCUGAUAGCUUGGCAGAGUUUAGGAAAAACUUGCACUUCCUGCUACAUAGUAACGAUAACGUCCCCAGUGAUACACGAAAUGCAAAAAGCGUCAAAACACAUGGCUCACAAGCUGCUCCGCGAGCGAGAAGACCACCAGUUGAGAAUACAGUAAUCCCGAAGAAAAAAAUACAGUUCAAUGAUGAAUCCUACUUAGGUCAGAAGAGAUGGGAGAGAGAGAAAAGAGAAUUACAUAAUACUAUCGACGUGAAAAACAACAAAAUACUCACAUUGAGCAAGGCCAACCUCGAACGGGCAGAAACUAUCAAAGUACUGACCGAAAAAGUGGUGCGAUUGGAGAGGCUCAAUUCCCAGAAAGACGCCCAGAUUGACCAGCUAGAAAAAGUCAUUUUACGAUUGCAGAAUCUUUCUCGAGCCAACGAAAAUGACAUGGUGACACGAAACAAUCAUCAGGAGGAUGAUGAUUAUGGAGAAGCAGGUCUCGAGGAAUCCGUUGACUUGACUCCAAACCACUACGACGAAGAAGAUUUACACGAAUCUACUAUUAGUUUACUGAAUUCGAAGAACACACUAGAUCUGGACAAAGAAAUCAACCUGAACACGCAGCAGCUUAUGGACCUUGAUCUUCGACAUCUGUCUUUCCAAAGAUCAAGUGCGCAAGGUGGGCCACCCAUAUACAACUCCAAUGCAACCGAUCCAUACAAGAAUGACAGUGAUAGUGAUCUUGAAAAUUACCUGUUUUCUGUCUAG